AAGCUUCGUUAUUCCGAAGGUUCGGUUAUUCCGAAGAUUAACGAACAUCGAGGUAUAGGCAAUUUACGUCUUUCGGAAUUACGAACCUUCGGAAUUACGAACCUUCGGAAUAAAGAACCUUCGGAAUUACGAACCUCCGGAAUUACGAAGUGUAACCUGUUAUUCAUCGUGCUUCAACAUCAGUUUCAUCAUCGCAAUCAUUGUGGACAUUUAUCUGGAUACUAUUAUUUGGAUUAUUAUCACAAUCUCAAGAGACACUAUAACACAAUAUUCGUCUGCAGGGACCAACAAAACACAACCAUGAAUGCAAGUGAUUUCGAAAGCAAACUGGGAAUUAUGACUAAAGACAUUGGCGAUUUAUCGAUGGCAAUGUAUUAUUUGGGUAGUCAUGAGCCAAUUAGAGGUUACGGUAGAGACAUCGAAGACUUCCGAGAACUCCAAGACAGCACUCGCCUCGACGCAGUGGUCUAUGUGAAAGGUGUGCUGCCAGUAGCCACCAAAUUUGUUUCCAAAACCAGCGAUAUCUUUCAUUUGUAUAAGGAUUUAGAUUACAAAGAUUGGUAUAAAAGAUUGGAAUAUAUCAUCCAGGAAGUAAAGCGUUGUAAGGCACUGAGCCAAACCCUCCUUGCAAUGCACGAAGAGUUGUUGGUUUCUCUGAAGAGAAAUGAAGAUCAAGCCAAAAUCAUCAUCGAAAAAUUUCGCAACCUGCAACGUGAAUACAGAGAUCGAGAAACAGAAUAUGAAACAACGGCAGAUAGAAAAAAAAAGUGGGCAAUUGGGCUCGCAUUUGUUCCAGGUGUCAAUCUCAUCGCCAGCACAAUAUUAAAAGUAAGAUCGCGAAGGGAUCGCGAAAAAGCACUCAAUUGGGCAGUAUUAAGAAGGAGCGAGGAAAGAAAAAUAGAAGAAAGCUACAAAUCUCUCAUUCCCAACCUACAAAGGUUCAUUCGUAGUCUUGAAGACACGGCUGGCUUUUUUCAAGGAAUGGAACAGGAACUCGAGGAAUAUGAAUGCAAAUACAGUCAUGUUCGAAAAUCAAAGAACAAGCUUUAUUUCACAAUGAUGAAAUUUCAAGCCACUACAAUAUGUGAUAAAUGUGAAAAAUUCUCCUCUGCCCCUCUUGCGAUUCCAACCACCCAGGACGAUGUGCGACAUGUAAGAAAAUGGCGCCAAGAGCAGAAGGACAAAUUCAUGCACAGAUAUACGGAUGAUGAUGUUAAUACAUGUGUGAUAAAUGCCAUCACAAUGUUUUGAUACGUUUUUUGUUUGUCGCGUAAAUCUUGCAAACAUGUGUUCAAAGUAUCUUGAGAGAUAUUAUUGUUAGCUCCACGGAUUCGCCAAUCCUCAACAUUCAUGACACUGGUCACCACAUGAACACAUAGCGAAUUACUGGGAAAAGAUUGGAAAGUCAAAUUAUGACAGACGUAUUUCUGACAUUUUACUGUUUAAAAUAGAUCUAUUUUAAGUUGUUUAUGAUUGAAAACGUAUUGCUAUUAUUUCCAUCAAAAAACCAAAAGCGAAAAAAAGAGCCAAACUAUUUGCAGAAGA